UUGAUUACAGUUUGCUAGUAAAUAUUAAAAUGUACUACAGUUUUUCUUAAGUGGAGUUGUUGUAUAGUUUAAUAUGUGCAGCAAACCCUCAAGAAGUUGUUAAACUUUGUUGUUUUUCCUGGACACUUUUCAUUGUAUGUUGAGCAUUUGUUUUGUUUUCUUUUGUUAAGACAAUUGUUGGCAUUGGUUUAAUUUCACCUGUUUUACAGGAAGACACCUGCUUAGAUGUUUAGGGGGUGGGACUUUGAAAAGUUGUGGGAGGUAUUGUGUCUAUGUUUUUUCCUUCCAGAAGCUUGCAUGAAGGAAGCAGUUUGUGCAUUAUAAACAAAGAUGUGUGAAAGAACCUGUCAGUCAACCAGGUGAACUUGGGCUGUAACAGCCUAAAGCAAUGAUGUCUUAUUUGGUUUUGAUGAAUCUCUUUCUGAUGUUCUCUUGGUUGGAGGAAGUGACAGAAGCCUCUCUGACAAAACCCAGCUUUCCAGAAGCCACGGCUCCAGGAGACAUCAUCAUCGGAGGGCUUUUUCCCAUCCAUGAGGCGGUGAAGGACAACAUGAACGUAUACAGCAUCUCUCCACCUCAGCGUUCUAACUGCAGCAGCCUUUACGCAAGAGGACUAACUCAGCCCUUAGUUAUGAUUCAUGCUGUUGAAAUGGCCAACAGAUCCCCUAUGCUGAGUAAUUUGAACAUUACUCUAGGGUAUCGCAUUCAAGACACAUGUUCUGAUGUUACCACUGCACUUUGGGCCGUCCAGGAUUUUACACAGUCGUCCUCUGCCUGUGAUGUAGCAACAAACUCUUCUCAAAGUGACAAACCCACCAUGGCUAUAAUUGGGGCCUCUUCCUCGGAAAUCUCCAUUGCAAUUGCCAGGGAACUUAAUCUUCUACUAAUUCCACAGAUUAGUUACGCAUCGACGGCCAUCAUUCUAAGUGACAAAAGUCGUUUUCCUGCUUUCAUGAGGACUGUCCCUAAUGACGAGUACCAAACCAGAGCCAUGGUCAAACUGUUGAAGGACAGAAACUGGAACUGGGUUGGAAUUAUUACUACAGACGGAGACUACGGGCGUUCUGCAAUGGAAAGCUUUGUUACCCAGGCCGCACAGGAGGGAAUUUGCGUUGCCUUUAAAAAAAUCCUACCCGACUCACUUGGGGAUAAACAAAAACUUAACACCUCGAUUAACCAGACGGUGAAUACCAUUGUCAAUAACCCUAAAGUUAAAGUGGUGGUCUCCUUUGCUAAAUCUUCUCAAAUGAAAGACUUAUUCAAGGGUUUGUAUGGUAACGUUUCUGAUAGGAGGGUGUGGGUGGCCAGCGAUAAUUGGUCGACUGCUACAAAUAUUCUUGAAGAAGUGAAUCUCACAGAUAUCGGAGAUGUACUCGGGUUUACCUUCAAGAGUGGGAACGUUACAUCGUUCAAACAGUUCCUUAAGGAUUUACAGUUUAGAAAUGAAGAAAAUAUAAAUUCAUUUCUGAAGAAAUUUUUAGAAGAUCCGAAUAUAGGAAAUAUUACAGUGGCGGUACAGAAACUCCUAGAAAAUACUAACCCGGACAUGGUCUUCAGCAUUCAGCUGGCUGUCAAUGUUGUUGCAAAAGCUGUGGCUGAACUAUGUGGGAAACGCCAAUGCAAGAAUGCAACAGAUAUCCAUCCCUGGCAGCUCCUUGAACAGAUGAAAAACAUCACCAUUGAGAUGGAGGGGGCAAAUUACAAGUUCAAUACAAGCGGCGACAUUAAUUUGGGAUAUGAUGUCUUGUUGUGGCAAGAAAAUGAAUUGAAUAAAACUGUCAAAAUAGCUGAAUACGAUCUAUUCAAUGCCAGUUUCACCUAUAUACACCAGAAUCUAAGUGUUUUUGAGAAUGUGAUAUCGAAAUGCUCAAACAGCUGUCAGCCAGGAGAGUUUAAGAAGACAGCCGAAGGCCAGCACACUUGUUGUUACGAAUGCAUCAAUUGCUCAAUAAACUAUUACUCCAACAACACAGACAUGGUCGAGUGCUACUCAUGUGAAGCAGACGAGUGGUCAGACAUUCGAAGCACCAAGUGUAACCCCAAGACUUAUGAGUACUUUGAGUGGAAUAAUGGGUUAGCUAUAGUGCUCUUGACCUUGGCUGCUUUGGGCGUCCUCUUCCUCUUCUUGAUCUCUGCGCUCUUCAUCUAUCAGAGAAACUCUCCUGUGGUAAAGGCAGCAGGUGGACCACUCUGUCAUCUGAUCCUUGUUUCCCUACUGGGAAGUUUCGUAAGCGUUGUCUUCUUCGUGGGUGAACCGUGCAACAUGACGUGUAAGGUGAGGCAGGUGGUCUUCGGCCUGAGCUUCACGCUGUGCGUCUCAUGCAUCCUGGUUAAGUCUUUGAAGAUCCUCCUGGCUUUUCAAAUGAACUUGGAGUUAAGGGAGCAUGUGACCAGGCUUUACAAGCCGUACGUGAUCAUCUGCGUCUGCACGGGGGUGCAGGUCAUCAUUUGCACCCUUUGGCUGAUCUUGCACAGCCCUUAUAAAGACAAGGUGCCUAGCCCCAAAGUCAAUCUAAUAAAUUGUAACGAGGGCUCAAACGUGGCUUUUGGGGUCAUGCUGUCAUACAUCAUUUUAUUGGCGCUAGUAUGUUUCACUUUUGCUUACAAAGGCAGGAAACUUCCGCAAAAAUACAACGAAGCAAAGUUCAUUACGUUCGGUAUGCUCAUUUAUCUCAUGGCCUGGGUUAUAUUUAUACCUGUGCAAGUUACCACAAGUGGCAAAUACUUACCAGCUGUGGAGAUGGUCGUUAUUCUUAUAUCCAACUAUGGAAUAUUAACCUGCCAAUUCAUGCCAAAAUGUUACAUAAUCAUUUUUAAAAAAGAGCACAAUACCAGAGAUGCUUUUCUAAAGAAUGUAUACGAAUAUGCCAACAAAAGUUCUCAAAACAUCAGAGGUUUAAGUGAAACUAAGCCAGUCUAUAUCAUAUCCAAUCCUCAACUCGUAUCUGCUGAGAAUGCACCUAAUGUUCCUGCACAAAAAGAAAAAUAAACAGUGACUUAAAUGUACACAAUGCCAAGAUAUGAGAUGUUGGCAUCUUUAGAUCAAGAAAAGACUAUGAACUCAUGAUGAUGUUUUAAAAAAAGAAAGCAAACAAAAUCAUUGUUUUGUGUGUUUAUACUGUAUAUAAUAACUUUAUUUAUAACUGUUUUAGUUUGUUUAGCUUUAGUAUAGCCAAAUAAAUGUGUAAAAACACUGAAUCACAACCCAUCAUAUUCCGUCAUUAAACUUAACCAAAUUUUUAUUUGAAGCUUAAUUUAAAUCAUUUAAAUAAUUACAUUGUAUAUGAGUUUGAUUUCCAUCAUUAAUUUCACAUUUCAAUCUUUAAGUGUUACUAAGUCAAUAUAAAAUAUAUGAAGGUUAUAUUUCCUCAGAAUUUACAAUGAUUUUAUGUAGUGAACAGUGUAUUACAAAAAUGAGUAUAUAUAAUUUAUUACAGAUAAAAAUGUGUACAAAUGUGUAAAUGAUUUCAUAAUGCAUCUCAAAUGGCUGGUAAAGAUA